AUGCAAGAUCCUCGAAACAUAAUUUCAAAGUCUCGGCAAGACAGAUUUUCUUGCACUACAGCUGUGACAGAGGGCAUCACCACUCCACACACCAAUAUCGACGACAUUGAAGACAACAAGCUCGAGCAAAAGAUCGCACACAUACGAGCGAAGUCCCCUCUACGAAGUACACGAGAGUGCGAGGAAGCCCUCGAGCUGGUCAACAACGAUGUCGACAAAGCCCUCGCGUUUCUAGCAUACCUCGUGCUGCGAAUCCCUGGCAUUCAGACUUAG